UCGGGGGCGGGGUUGUGCGAAGGCUGCUUCCUGUCUUGUACCCUUCACAGGCCGCUUGGGUUAGCGGGAUCUCCGUGAGGGUCGGUGGGUGUGACAGAGCGGCCCGGGCCUUAGCCUGGCCCCGCAGCGGCGAACCGGUCACUCUCCUGCUCUAAAACGCAAUGUCCCUCCUGUUUACACGUUCAACGUAUCAGUUCGCUGCGAAGAAGGACAAGAGAUUCAUGGCUGAAGUUAAUGCUUCUCCUCUCAAGCACUUUGUUACGGCCAAGAAGAAAAUCAAUGGCAUCUUCGACCAGCUCGGGGCCUACAUCCAGGAGAGCUACAACUUUCUGGACGAAACGUACCAGAACACGCAGCUCGAUCCGGUCGCCUCUGAAGAGCAGGUGCUUGAGGUUAAGGGCUACCUGUCCAAUGUUGCCGGCAUCAGCGAAGUCCUGGCCCGACGUCACAUGAAGGUGGCGUUUUUCGGCAGGACCAGCAAUGGGAAAAGCACCGUUAUUAACGCCAUGCUAUGGGACAAAGUGCUGCCCUCCGGCAUCGGGCACACCACCAACUGCUUCCUGCGCGUGGAGGGGACGGACGGCAACGAGGCUUACCUGCUUACCGAUGGCUCGGAGGAGAAACGGAACGUUAAGACGGUGAACCAGCUCGCUCACGCCCUGCACCAGGACGACCUCCUGGACUCCGGCUCUCUGGUCAGCGUCAUGUGGCCCAAUUCAAAGUGUUCGCUCUUGAAAGACGACCUGGUGUUGAUGGACAGCCCCGGCAUCGAUGUGACCACAGAGCUGGACAGUUGGAUCGACAAGUUCUGCCUCGAUGCCGAUGUGUUUGUGCUGGUGGCCAACUCUGAGUCUACACUCAUGCAGACGGAAAAACAGUUUUUUCACAAAGUGAACGAGCGACUUUCUCGCCCAAACAUCUUCAUCUUGAAUAAUAGAUGGGACGCUUCUGCCUCGGAGCCGGAAUACAUGGAUGAGGUGCGUCGGCAGCACAUGGAGCGAUGCACCAGCUUCUUGGUGGAUGAGCUCGGCGUUCUGGAUCGGACUCAGGCCGGAGACCGCGUUUUCUUUGUGUCCGCGAAAGAAGUUUUAAAUGCCAGGAUUCAGAAAGCUCAAGGAAUGCCUGAAGGGGGUGCAGCUUUAGCCGAAGGCUUUCAGAUUAGGAUGUUCGAGUUCCAGAAUUUUGAAAGAAGAUUUGAGGAAUGUAUUUCUCAGUCCGCAGUGAAGACGAAGUUCGAGCAGCAUACAAUGCGGGCCAAGCACAUCGCCGCGGUUCUACGGCAGAUAAUGGAGUCUCUGCAUAUCGCGGCUCAAGAGCAGAGAGUUUAUUGUUUGGAGAAGCGGGAAGAGUUCAGGGACCGAUUGGAAUUCAUCGAAAAGCAACUCGAGCUGUUAACGGAGGAUUACAAGAUGAAAAUCAAGCAGAUCACCGACGAGGUGGAACGGCAGGUGUCCAACGCGAUGGCCGAAGAGAUCCGUCGCCUCUCUGUCCUGGUCGAUGACUUUCACUUGGAUUUCCAUCCAUCUGCGGUUGUGCUUAAAGUUUACAAGAACGAGCUGCAUCGGCACAUAGAGGAGGGCCUCGGCCGGAACCUGUCUGACCGCUGCUCCAGUACGAUAUCCGUGUCCCUCCAGACCACGCAGCAGGAGAUGAUAGAAGGCCUGAUGCCUCUCCUUCCGCCUAACGUUCGGUCCCAGGUGGAUCUACUGGCCCCCCGGAAAAGCUUCACCCUCAGCUACGACCUGAGCUGUGAUAAAUUAUGCGCCGAUUUCCAGGAAGAUGUGGAGUUUCAUUUUUCUCUGGGGUGGACGAUGCUCGUCAACAGAUUCUUAGGACCCAAAAACGGCCGCAGGGCUUUGAUGAGCGGCAAUGACCAGGUACCUCGAAUGAUGCCUUUGACCCCGGUUAACCCCAGCAUGCCUCCAAUGCAGCAAGGCUCUAUGACCCAGGAAGAACUCAUGGUGUCGAUGGUAACCGGUCUGGCCUCGCUGACUUCCCGCACCUCCAUGGGCAUUCUAGUGGUUGGAGGAGUGGUCUGGAAGGCUGUCGGCUGGCGUCUCAUUGCUUUAUCGUUUGGCCUCUACGGGCUUCUGUAUGUGUAUGAGCGGCUCACGUGGACCACCAAAGCCAAGGAGAGGGCGUUUAAACGCCAGUUUGUGGAAUACGCAGCAGAGAAACUUCAGCUCCUCACCAGCUACACCGGAUCCAACUGCAGCCACCAAGUACAGCAGGAGCUCUCUGGGACCUUUGCCCACUUGUGCCAACAGGUUGAUGUAACCCGAGAAAACCUGGAGCAAGAUAUCGCUGUAUUGAACACGAAGAUUGAGAUCCUGGACAGCCUGCAGAGCAAAGCCAAGCUUUUAAGAAACAAGGCAGGCUGGCUGGACAGCGAGCUCAAUAUGUUCACCCAUCAGUACUUACAGCAGAGCUGAUGUCCUCCAUAACAGCUGGAACGCCCCGGAAGGAAAACGGCUCGUUUCUUAAACCCGCGUACACUGUGUAUAUAAUAUAUAUAAUAUAAUAUACCCCAGUGCUUUCCAAAGUGCCCCUCUAAUACAGAGAGGGAAACGGUGGUCCUUGUUCUAGUUUGCUUAAGAAUAAACCGAACUUGGAGUCUUAUAGCAGGCGGUUAGCCAGACAUGGCGUCACCCACUCUAGUAUGUAA